AUGCGUCUCCUGCCCCCACAACUCGACCUGUCAAUCACCCGCAAAACGUCCGCGCUGUGGCGGGAGGUGAUGAGCAAAUACACUUCCUCUUCGGCCGAGGAAUUUGCAGACAUCUUUGUCCUGGUGGACAAUUCCUUACAAAAGUUAAACCAGUUCAAGAAUGAGCUGAACAGAAUGAUCAGCCAGCUGGAUGUUGGACCCUCCAGCUAUCGUAUCGGUCUGGCCCUGUAUGGUCGAGAUGUUAGGGUUGAGUUCCGUCUGAACGCUCAUAAAACCAUCAAACAGUACGAGAAAGCGGUCAAAAACUUUCGAACGAGGCCACCGCUGGGCUCAAACUCGGACCUGGCCAAGGCUUUGGAAUACGCAGCCGCUAACUUUUUCACCACUGGAAAUGGGGGCCGUGCGAACCAAGGAGCUCGGCAGUUUUUGGUUGUUGCUCUUCAGCAAGACUUCAGCGAACGUGUGUUUGAGCUUGCAAAUACGCUCAGAUCUGAAGGAGUGACCAUUGUGGCGAUGAGUGAGACUGUACCAAAGGAAAGAAUGCGAAGAUUUGCAGACCCAGGAUUUGAAUUUGAGAAUCUGAAAAUUACUGAGCUGAAGAAUACCUUCACUACCCAACAAGAGGAAAAAAUUGAGAGAGACAGCACAAGAUUCAGCUCUGCAGACAUCGUCUUCGUCAUCUGUGAGUCGGACGGAAUUGGGUCCAGCAACUUCCACUUGAUCCGUACUUUUGUGAAGUCGAUAAUCGGCAGCUUGAUUGUCCAUCAGAAAAAAGACAGAGUGGCCAUCAUUACCUACAGUGAUCGGCCCACGGUUCAUGCUCAUCUGAACAGCUUUCAGGACAGAACAGAAGCUCUGGAGUCGAUCAACCGUCUCCGUUUCCAGGGUGGUGGCACCCGAACUGGAGCUGCUCUGCGUCUCGCUCUGGAUUCAGUCUUCACCCUUGAUAAAGGCAGUAGGAAGGGCGUCCAGAAGUUUGCAGUAGUGAUCACAGAUGGUGGAUCCCAGGAUAGCGUAAGGGAAGCAGCAGUAGCGCUUCAACGGGCUGGAGUCCGAGUUUUUGCAAUUGGACCAAAAGUGAACUCAGCAGAGCUUUACGACUUGGCGUCUUACCCCAGCAUCAGGCAUGUUUUUGAGAUAGAUGGUUUUACGAAACUGAAAGCCCUGACAAACAUCAUGCAGAAGAGCCUUUUCCAUUCGAUCCUCCAGAGCUCCACCAACUCCUUCAAAAACAGCCAGGACGUCAUAGAAGCAUGCGCUCAGAAAGACGAAGCAGGAAUCUUCUUCCUCAUUGACGACUCAGACAGCAUUACUGAAAGAGACCUCGCUGACACAAAGAACUUCAUCGCUGGCUUCAUUAAAACAUUUCGUAUCAAACUCAAUAAUAUUCGCAUUGGGCUGGUCAAAUACUCUAACUCACAGACACUAGAAUUCUACCUGAGCAAAAAAUCAUCUGAUUCGGAUGUGAACAAGCUUCUGGAGAAGGUUACUCACCAAGGGGGAGGGAGGAGGACGGGUGGAGCCCUGGAUUCCAUAGACUCUCGUUUCCAGCUGAUAACGUCCGGCGUUCCAACCUACCUGAUCCUCGUCACCGCAGGACAGUCUGACGAUGAUGUCAGAGAACCAGCAAGGAAACUCGGGGAGCAAGGCGUCACUGUCUUUGCUGUUGGUUUAAAGGAUUCAAACAAAGCUGAGCUGCAGGAGAUUUCUGGGGACUCAGAGCGGUCAUUUUACAUCAGGGAUUAUUAUUUGCUAAAGCAGAUCAAAGACAAUAUUCUAAGACCAAUCUGUGGUUCAGCAGUUUGUAAGGAUUCACCCAGCGACGUAAUAUUUUUGACCGAAAGCUCUGACAGAAUCUCUGCGGAGGACUUUAGGAAAAUGAAAGAGUUCAUGAAAUCUGUCAUCAACAAGUCUAUUGUCGGCCCAGACGGCGUUCAUGUGGGGGUCAUGCAGUUCAGCACUAACCCUGAAUUAGUGUUUUCUCUGAAGAGUAGCAAAGACGAAAUCCUGAGAUCCAUUGAUGGGAUGAACCAGUUAUAUGGAGGCGUUCAAACCGGACGAGCCCUCAGUGAGGUUUCAAGGUACUUCGCUGCCUCGCAGGGAGGACGACCCAGUCUGAUGCAGAACCUGGUGCUGAUAACAUUCAGUGAAGCAGUGGACGAAAUCAGAGGUCCUGCAAAGGCUCUGAGGGAAAAAGGAGUGGUUAUCUUUUCAAUUGAUGCCCAGGACGGUAGCUACAGCCAGCUGACUGAGAUCAGCGGACCUCCAGACAGAGUGGUUAAUGAAGUAAAGGUUGAUCUAAUACAAGAACUGGACAGCAUGCUGGCCUUGAAGUUCUGCGAUCCACAAAGAGAUUGUAAGAAGGUAGAAAGAGCUGACAUUAUCUUCCUGGUGGAUGGCUCAGAAAGCAUAGCAGACCGCUUCGGAAGCAUGCAAAUUUUUAUGGAGUCUAUAGUGAACCAGACCAUAGUCAGUGAGGACUCUACACGUUUUGGAGCCAUUCUUUACUCCAGCACACCCGAAGUCCAGUUUCGUCUAAACCAGUAUGCCUCAAGUACAGAAGUCCGUCAAGCCAUUUAUAGUAUGGUGACACCAAAUGCUUCAACCUACACUGGUCUAGCUCUGGAAUACUCGUUGCAGUUCUUUGAGGAGAUGAAUGGCGGCCGGAGAAACCUCAGGGUUCCUCAGAUUCUCAUGGUGAUCACAGACGGGGUUGCCUAUGACAAGGAGAAGCUGAAAGUCAAUUCCGAUGCAUUGCGAGCAAACGGUGUCUCUGUCAUGAGCAUUGGAGUAAAGGGCGCAGAGAUGGAUCAGCUACUGACCAUAGCUGGAAACGAUGAAUCCCUUGUCUUCUACGUUGAUACUUUCGAAAAGCUUGAAACUCUUUACACAAACAUGACUGAAGUCAUCUGCAACCAAACCAAAAACGAUUGCGAUGAAUUGGACUUGGUCUUUCUGUUGGAUCGUUCCGGCAGCAUCAACACAACACAGCACAAGAUCAUGAAAGACUUCACAGGAGAUUUAGUGGAAAACUUACAGAUUGGUGAGAAGACUGUGCAUGUUGGACUUGCACAGUUCAGUGAAAACUUUCAAGAUGAGUUUUACCUCAAUAGGUACUACGACAAACAGGACAUAGCUAAUCACAUACGCCAGGUGAGAUAUUUAGGAGGCAGCACCUACCUCGGUAAGGCCCUGAACUCUGUGAAGGACUAUUUUAGCCCGUCACGAGGCAGCCGCGACACAGUGCCCAAGACCCUGGUGGUGUUCUCAGAUGGUAAUUCCUAUGACGACGUGGAGGAUGUAAGCAAUGAGAUCAGGAAUAGGAAAAUUGCUGAUGAUGUAAUAGCCAUAGCAAUUGGAGAUUACUAUGACACCGAGCUUCUGCAGAUUACUGGGGACCCACGGAAGAUUUUUAAAGUCGGUAAUAUAGAGAACCUACCAAGUUUCAAGAAGAGGGUGUCGGAGGCUAUCUGCAGUGAUGAGGUUCUUCCUCCUCCUGUUAUUCCUACUCUUCCUCCUGUUCCUCUAGUUGAAAACUGCACCAUCGAUGUCGCCAUUGUAUUUGAUAUUUCUCAAGCCCCUAAUGUGCCACUGCUCAGAAUUGUUAGUCCCCUCCAGGAAAUCGUCCGUUCCAUUUCCAUCGUGAAUGACCUCAGUAACCUGCCUCCAAUCGAGACCAAGAUCUCCUUCAGCAUCAUGAGUCCCGAUGGCAGCUACUUGUUAGACACAAACUUUGAGGCCUUCAACCCAGAAGUUCUGAUGAAAACCUCGACCUUUUCUUGGUCCCAGGCCACAUAUUUCAACUCUGCCUUGCUGAGUGGAUUCAACGCCAAGUUCCGGUCUGAGUCUAGAGCAGCUGUCAAGGUUCUGAUCAUCUUCUCUGAUGGACUCGACGAAGACGUGAUGAGGCUGAAGCGGGAAUCUGAGCGGCUAAAGACCUCUGGGGUCAGCGCUCUGCUUGUUGUGGCCUUGGAUAGUGCUCAAGCCUUCCAGCUCCUGAUGGUUGAGUUUGGACGAGCACACAACUACAAGGCUCCUCUGAAAAUCGGCUUGCAGAGCAUCAGCAGCGUCAUCCUGCAAGAACUUAGCGCCAUAGCAGAACGUAUCUGCUGCAAUGUUUUCUGUAGAUGCUAUGGAACCCCGGGGCCUCCUGGUCUUCCUGGGACACCAGGAGAUAAGGGCGCACCUGGUGAGAAGGGUCACCCCGGAUAUCCUGGAGAGGAAGGGUCCCCUGGCAGACGAGGACCUCCUGGACUACCUGGACCCCAGGGGAUCCAGGGAUGUCCUGGACACAGAGGACAGAAGGGAUCUCACAGCUUCUCUGGCAGCAAGGGUGAAGAUGGAGAAAACGGACUGGAUGGAAUAAAUGGAGAGCAGGGGGAAACGGGCGAAGACGGCAUGAAAGGAGAAAAAGGAGACACUGGAGGCGCGGGCAUCCCAGGAACCAGAGGGGAGAAAGGGCUGAAAGGACAACGAGGCCUGAGAGGAGAUCCGGGGGAACCGGGACGUAACAACAAUCGUCCAGGAACCAAAGGAGAACCAGGAAACCAGGGUGAACCG